AACUUCUUGGAGAAGAAUGGCUACUUAGCAAAUUCAUCAAGUUCUUCAAUUUUCAUAGAGGUUAUUUUUUUUUCAAAUUUCAAAAUAAUGGCAUAAUUUUUCUUGCUAGGAAAGCAGAUCUGGGUUUUGUUUAUCAUGAGAUCACCUAAAGAGAGCACCUUCCUCCUUUCGAUUAUGAAUAACAGUAUAAUUCAUAAAACUACACUGAAAAAUUACUGAGAAUCAACAAGAAACUCUUUGAAAGCCACAGCCCUGUGUGCUUGCAAAGCACAUAACAGGUGUUCCUACUGCCUGUGUCCUUUGUAUACACAUUCAUUCUGUAUUCAAAUCACAGAAGCAAGAGGCAGGCUAGGGUCUGUUACCUCACUGCUAAUUUCCCUAGCAAAUAAACCAGCAGCUGCUGGUCCAUGAACCAACUUGCCACUGAGAACAGGGCGCCGGAUGCAUGGGGCAGGAUGCUUUCAUGGAGCUCUUCAGCAGCAUGGCUGGGGUCUCUCUCUGCAAAAUACACCUUCUUCUUAUAGGUUCUUGCCUGGGACUGAAGGUGACGGUGCCAUCACACACUGUCCACGGCAUCAGGGGACAGGCCCUCUACCUCCCAGUGCACUAUGGCUUCCACACUCCAGCAUCUGACAUCCAGAUAAUAUGGCUGUUUGAAAGAUCCCACACAACGCCCAAAUACUUGCUAGGCUCGGUAAAUAAGUCCGUGGUUCCCGACUUGGAAUACCAGCACAAAUUCACCAUGAUGCCGCCCAAUGCAUCUCUCCUCAUCAACCCGCUGCAGUUCACUGAUGAGGGCAAUUACAUCGUGAAGGUCAACAUCCAGGGGAAUGGAACUCUGUCUGCAAGUCAGAAGAUACAAGUCACUGUUGAUGAUCCUGUCAUGAAGCCAAUGGUUCAGUUCCAUCCUGCUUCUGGGGCUGUGGAGUAUGUGGGCAACAUUACCUUGACCUGUCGGGUAGAAGGAGGUACCAGGCUGGUUUACCAGUGGCGAAAAAAUGGGAAGCCUAUUAACAUCAACUCCAGCCAUUCCUUUUCUCCCCAAAACCACACCCUUCGGAUUGUUCCAGCGACAAAGGAGGACAUUGGAAACUAUACCUGCCUCGUGUCAAACCCGGUCAGCGAGAUGGAAAGUGAUAUCAUUAUUCCCACCAUAUACUAUGGGCCAUAUGGACUUCAGGUGAAUUCUGAUAAAGGCCUAAAAGUGGGAGAAGUAUUCACUGUUGACCUGGGAGAAGCUGUCCUCUUUGACUGUUCUGCUGACUCUUAUCCCCCCAACACUUACUCCUGGAUCCGAAGGUCUGCCAAUACUACGCGUGUCAUUAAGCACGGGCCUCGCUUAGAAGUUGCAUCUGAUAAAGUGGCCCAGAAGACGGCUGACUACGUGUGCUGCGCUUACAACAACAUCACAGGGAGACGCGAUGAAACUCAUUUCACUGUCAUCAUCACUUCCGUAGGGCUGGAGAAGCUUGCGCAAAGGGGGAAAUCACUGUCCCCAUUAGCAAGUAUCACUGGCAUAUCGCUGUUUUUUAUUAUAUCCAUGUGUCUCCUUUUUCUGUGGAAAAAGUUUCAGCCUUACAAGGCCAUAAGACAGAAGCUAGAAGGCAGACCAGAGUCGGAAUACAGAAAAGCUCAAUCAUUUUCAGGCCAUGAAGAUGCCCUGGGUGACUUCGGGAUAUACGAGUUUGUGGCUUUCCCAGAUGCAUCUGCUGUUCCCAGGAUGUCAAGUAGAUCUGCCCCAGCCUCUGAUGGUGUAACAGGGCAAGAUUUUCAGGGGACAAUUUAUGAAGUCAUUCAACACAUCCCUGCACAACAGCAAGACGACACAGAGUGAGACUCCAUGGGCAAAAUGGUAUACUGGAGUGAAAUCUUGAAGAAACAUUUUGAAAGGAAACAUCUGGAACCUGUGAAAAAUAAAAUCCCAGCAACCCUCAGUUACUUCUAAAUGCCGAGUAGGCACGGCUGCAACCGAAGGCUGGUUUUCUGACACAUGCGCAAUGGGUUGUGAACCAGAGGAACACAGUGGAAUAUUCCUCCGUGGACAGUUUAUCAUCCAGACUGGGAGGAAGAAGAGAGCGAAGCUCCCCCAGUUACUCGGUAUUGAAAGUAUCAAGCAUCCCAAGUGGGGCUUGCCUAUGCUCCACUGUGACCGGCGCGCUGUCCUGUGCCACCUACAAACUUGGAGGCUUCACCGUGGUAAAUGUUUGCGAUAAGCUUUGUUUUAUUAAGUGCUCAUUAUUGUUAGAAAAUAAAACGCCUUUUUCAUCCCA